AUGCCGCGGUCCUCGAGGAACACUGGGGACUUAAGUUCUCUACCUGAAGAGGUGGUCCAAAAUGUCCGGCCCAGGAGGAACAACCUGCGGGUCCGGAACACCAGCAGGAUGGCCGAGGACCCCUCGCCAAGCAGGAAUGAUGCCUUCUCCAUGCCUGUCCGCAUGAAUGCCCCGGCCAUCAGCCUGACGCAGUUCCUGCUGGGAUAUCUGUCCUGGUUCGGCUGCCUGGCCUUCUUCCUGAGGACUCAGGCCCAGCAAGUGCUCUUCAACACCUGCAGGUGCCGGCUGCUCUUCCAGAAGCUCAUGGAGAAGACGGGCGUGCUGGUCCUCUGCGUGUUCGGAUUCUGGAUGUUUUCUAUGCAUUUACCAUCAAAAAUGGAAGUCUGGCAGGAUGACAGCAUCAACAGUCCACUGCAGAGCUUGAGGAUGUACCAGGAGAAGGUUCGACAUCACACUGGGGAAAUCCAGGACCUCCGAGGUAGCAUGAACCAGCUCCUUGCCAAACUCCAAGAGAUGCAGGCCAUGUCCGAUGAGCAAAAAAUGACCCAGAAGAUAAUGAAGAUGAUCCAAGGCGAUUACAUCGAGAAGCCCGACUUCGCCCUCAAGUCCAUAGGGUCCAGCAUUGACUUCGAGCAAACGUCAGCCACCUACAACUACGACAAGGCUCGCUCCUACUGGAACUGGAUCCGGCUGUGGAACUACGCGCAGCCCCCCGACGUGAUUCUGGAGCCCAACAUGACACCUGGCAACUGCUGGGCCUUUGCAGGCGACCGUGGCCAGGUGACCAUCCGGCUGGCCCAGAAGGUCUACCUGUCCAACCUCACCCUGCAGCACAUCCCCAAAACCAUCUCGCUGUCGGGCUGCCUGGACACGGCCCCCAAGGACUUCGUCAUCUACGGCAUGGAGAGCUCGCCCCGGGAGGAGGUGUUCCUGGGCGCCUUCCAGUUCCAGCCAGAAAACACCAUCCAGAUGUUCCCCCUCCAGAACCAGCCGCCUCGGGCUUUUGGUGCCGUCAAGGUGAAGAUCUCAAGCAACUGGGGGAACCCGCGCUUCACCUGCCUGUACCGAGUACGCGUGCACGGCUCUGUGACCCUGCCCAAAGAGCCGCCCAGCACCUAG